AUGGAGCAAGAAGCUCUACCACAGACCGAUGGUGGCAAGACUGCCUGGCUAGUCCUGGCCGCCUGUUCGCUGAUACAAGUUCCCGUCUGGGGCUUUUCUAUAGCUUUCGGUAUCUUUCAAGAAUACUACUCUACUGCUCCGGGCCUCGUUGGCGACAAGUCAAGUGUUGCCAAUAUUGGCACAGCUACAACUGGCAUCCUAUACCUCUCCUCGCCGCUAACCUUCACGCUCCUCACGUUGUAUCCGUCCCUACGCCACUGGUUUGGCCCCAUCGGUUUGCUCGUGCUCAGCGGGAGUUUUCUGGCGUCGGCGUUCGCGCGUCAGGUGUGGCAGCUGGUCGCGCUUCAAGGCGUCAUUGCGGGUCUAGGUGCGGGCCUGCUCUUCGCGCAGUCAACCCUGUGCCUGGAUGAGCGGUUCGCGCGGCGCAAGGGGUUGGCGUACGGCAUCAUGUGGGCAGGCAAGAGUGCGACGGGCGUCGGCUUACCCUUUGCCAUCUCGGGUGGGCUGGAGCGAUUUGGCUACAAGGCCACGAUGCUGGCUUGGACGGUUGCUGUGACUGCCAUCACGGCGCCGUUACUGUUCAUCCUGCGCCCCCAGUGUCCUUCGACGGCGGCAGAAUCCUCGCCGUCGUCGUCAUCGACGCCAAGCGGCACCAACUCAACGACGACGACGACGACGACAACAACAGCCAACAGCCGCAGCACCGCCACCAGCACAGCCCGCAGGCCAUCAUCAGCAUCAGGCCGCCAACGCCGUCGACGCCUCGACGCGCUCCCGCUGCUCCGCUCGCGCAGCUUCUGGGCGCUGCAGACGGGGAACGUGCUGCAGUCGCUGGGCUACUUCCUGCCCGCGGCGUACCUGCCCAGCUACGCGACGCAGGAGCUGGCACUGCCGCCGCGGACGGGCGCGCUGCUGCUCGCGCUGCUCAACGCCACGUCCGUCCCCGGCGGCAUCCUUAUCGGUGCCCUGUGCGACCGCGUGCGCGAUGCCAAGGGGACGCGCCGCGUGCUGCUCGUGUCGGCCCUGCCCUCGGCGGGUGCGGUGCUCCUGUUUUGGGGGUUGGCGGGGCCCCGUGGUGGAGGUGGAAGUAGUAGUAGUAUCGACAGCACAGGCAAAAUCAUGACUAGUGCUGUGAGCAGCACCAGCAGCGAAGCCGGAGCCAUCUCCAACAACACACUACUCCUACCCGCGACUCCCGGCGGAUCGUCGUCGUCAUCGUCGUCAGUCGCCCUCCUGGUCGUCUUCGCCCUCGCCUACGGCUUCUUCGCGGGUGGCUUCAGCAGCACGUGGGGCGGCGUACUGCGCGAGCUCGAGCGCGAGAAUCCGACGCUGGACACGGGCUUCGCCUUCGGCUUGCUGGCGGGUGGGCGCGGCGUCGGCAACGUGGUCAGCGGUCCGAUCAGCGUCGCGCUCAUUGCCUCGACUCGCGCGCGAAACGCUGCCGCCGUCAGUAGUGGUGAUCAUGGGCAGAUGAUGGGCAGCAGGAGCAGUGGUGGUGGCGAGAGUGGAGUGGUGGAGGUGGUCGGUGGUGGUCUUGCAGCCGCCGCCGGUGCGUACGGAAGCGCGUACGGGCCCAUGAUCCUGUACACGGGCAUCUCGGCUCUGCUCGGAGCUUGGGGCUGGGUGUGCCAGCGCCCUUCUUCCUCCUCUUCCUCGUCGACUCUCGCGUUCAUGGAUCCCUCGUCGUGGCGAAGGUGGUGCCAGCGCGCGGCAUUGCUGUGCCGUCUGGCUGUCCCCGCGCCGCACUGGCGACGGCAACACCAGCGACCGUGGAACAGCAGCUGCGUCAGUGGUGGUGCGGGUGGAGGCAGCACUGAUGGUGGUGCUGCUCGCGGUGUCGUGCGUGCGGUUGUUGGAGCGUGGCGCCCGAGCACCGCUGCAGCGCCAGCUCGACAGUGA